AACUUUCUUCCAUUUUCAUAGUCUCUAUAUAUUCCUCACACCAGACAACUAAAAACCUUCUCUGCUCAGGAGCCAUUUCUCUAUAAAACUAAUGUUAUACUUUGUUUGAUAACAGAAAUUUGCGUUUGGCAAUCAAAUUGAAAUACAUAGUUGAAAGUAGAGUGGAAUUGUCUAAGAGGGCAUAUCUGUAGAGGAGGAUGAGCAUGCCCCCUGUUAUUAUUAUUCUGCCGCCUCCCAGAUCUUAUUAGUUUUUUUUUUUGCGAGAUUUGGCAUCUGGGUUUUUCUCCAAUCGGUGUGGUUAAUUCUCGGUCGCUUGGUUGAUCAGAGCAAAGAUCUGUGAUUUCUAGAUUGAAUCCAAGAAUUUUUAGUUUUGUGCCAAACAUACCAAGCUUGUGUUUCUCUUAACUAGCUAAGAAGAAACGAUGCAAUCUGACAAUGGCAAGCUGUUCAUUGGUGGCAUUUCUUGGGACACCGAUGAAGAGAGCCUCAAGGAGUACUUCAGUACUUUUGGGGAGGUGGUGGAGGCAGUGAUAAUGAAGGAUCGGACCACAGGACGUGCCCGUGGUUUUGGUUUUGUAGUCUUUGCUGACCCAGCUGUUGCAGAGAAAGUCAUUAAGGAGAAGCACAACAUUGAUGGCAGGAUGGUUGAGGCGAAAAAGGCUGUUCCUAGGGAUGAUCAGAACAUUCUGAGUAGGAGCAGUGGUAGCAUCCAUGGUUCUCCUGGUCCAGGUCGCACAAGAAAGAUAUUUGUAGGAGGUUUAGCAUCCACAGUCACAGAGAAUGAUUUUAAGAAAUACUUUGAUCAGUUUGGAACGAUUACCGAUGUUGUGGUGAUGUAUGAUCACACCACUCAGCGGCCUAGAGGCUUCGGUUUUAUUACUUAUGACACGGAGGAGGCAGUGGACAAAGUGCUAAUGAAGACCUUCCAUGAACUGAAUGGCAAGAUGGUUGAGGUUAAGCGCGCAGUUCCAAAAGAGUUGUCCCCUGGUCCCAGUCGCAGCCCACUAGGAGUUGGUGGGUAUAACUAUGGUCUGAAUAGGGUCAAUAGCUUCCUUAAUGGUUACACUCAGGGAUAUACUCCAACUACAGCUGGGGGCUAUGGGCUUAGGAUGGAUGGUAGAUUCAGUCCAGUUGCUGGUGAUAGAGGUGGCUUUCCCCCAUUUGGUUCUGGUUAUGGAAUUGGCAUGAAUUUUGAGCCUGGAUUGAGCCCGACCUAUGGAGCAAGUGCCAAUUUUAGUAAUAAUUUCAGCUAUGGAAGGGGUUUGAGCCCUUACUAUAUUGGCAAUACAAGUAGAUAUGGUAGUCCUAUUGGAUAUGAUGGAGGUAAUGGAGGAAAUACUUCAUUUUUCAGCUCAGUUACUAGGAAUUUGUGGGGGAAUGGGGGGCGUAAUUACAGCACGAACUCUGGAAGUUCCAGUGCAUAUAUAGGAUCUGGAAGUGGGAGUAUUGGAGGAAGUGGCUUUGGAAACAGUGGAGUUAAUUGGGGUUCUUCUGGCAUUUCCGCUCAAGGAGGAGGAGCUAAUGUUUCUAGCAACAGUGCAAAUUUUGGGUAUGGAGGUGGUGAUAAUAGCUUUGGUUCGGGAACAGGAGGGUAUGGAAGAAACACAGGAAAUAGUGCAGUGCCAACAUCGUCCUAUGCUGCUUCAAACGGUGGUUUCGAUGGAGCCUUUGCAGACCUUUAUGGUGGAGGUUCAGAUUAUGGUGACCCCACCUGGUGAUCAUCGAAUUCUGAUCGAGAUGGAUCUGGUUCCUUUGGUUAUGGGCUCAGUAAUGCAACUUCUGAUCUUCCAGUUAAAACUUCCCCUGGUUAUGUUGGUGAUUAUAGUAUCAAUAAGAGACAGCCAAAUAGAGGAAUUGCUGCCUAGGAGGCAUUUUGGUCAUCUCGACAUUGUAGGUGAAUAUAAAUCCGGCGAAGCAGGUGAACUGUGAAUUUUGAACACCCCCUAUUAAUACAUAUCUGUUAAACGAAGUUGGUUUAUCUAGAGCUAACUGGAGUGUCUCUUGAAGAAUUAAAAUUUUAGGGAUAGACUCUACAAGUGAUUGAUUUUGUAUCAAGGCUUGAGUUUUGGGUUACUUUUUAGGUUUUGGUUUUUCCUGUUAUUCUUUUUUUCUUAUUGAGUGAGAUGUAGAAUCAGAUUGCGGGAUAUAGUCGGAAAAUGUAUCAUGCAUCUAAGAUAUAGACUUGUUUUUUGUUUUUGCCCUAGAAUUUGAUGGUCCUGUAAGUUGUGAAUUCUUGUCAGAUAAAACUUGGUUUUUUCUGUCCCCCAUUAUCUGGGUUUGUUUUUUUCCAGCAGAUUGUAACCGAUGAUGAGGUUAUUGUUGAUUUUACUAGUGAGUGAGAACAUUGAAGGGAUACCCAUCUAAACUUCUAAAGUGCCCAAAAAGUUACCACA